CAACAUAUUGCCAACGGGUGCCGCGACCCUCAUUUUUUUCCCCCAACGAUGUCGGUUGGAGCGGAGGCUAGGAAGCGCGCGUUGAAGGCGAAGGGCGGCAAUGGCAUUGUCUUCGGGCUCUCCCUCGUGGUUGCCGCCGGCUUCUUCUCCAUCCCGUUUGUCGCACACUAUACCAAGGGGGCGAAUCUAACCGCUCAGGAGAAGCCACUUAAUGCGUCACAGAUCCGACGUGGGGCCUACGCAAAUAGUGGGUCGCGUGACGCAGGGGCCGACCCCGACUGGGAUCUGUCGACAGGCACGUACCACGACCGACGUGGAUCGAGCCUGAAACACUCCUAUGGAUAUAAGCACCCCGACGAAUAAGCAUCCAUGGUACAGUUGUAGGGAGCAGAGUAACUUUCGAACAGCUCUACUAUGAGAUGGGUAGCUACGGCAUGUGCAUAACGUUUUGGUGCAUCUAUAUAUAUUCAGGCGGUGCGACACAAGCAGCGUGUCACUGCUCAUUUACUGGGCGACGGGCCGAACUAUUUAGCUAAGGUUGGCGUAUUUGCUCUUCUUGCUCUUCUUGAUCUUCUUAGGGCCGCCGUCCCCGUCGGGCGCACGCUUGUUGUGCUUGUGUUCCUUCUUCGAGUCCUUCGGGUCCUUCGACUCCUUCUUGGACUUAUUCUGCUUCUUGCUCCUCAGUUGCACAACGGAGCCGCCGUUCUCAGCCUGUGCGAGCGCCGCGUCCCAGUCGGCGUCGUCACCACGCACAGCAUAUUUCAUUAGGUUGAGGCCGUCCAGAAGCUUCUGUUGCUGCUUGGCCUUCUCUUUCUUGGCGCCCUCGCGCAUCUCUUCAUCCAGCGACGUCUCCGUUGGGGCCAUUGCUUGCGUCUGCGCUGCCACCUCAGCCAGCUUUUUCGUGUUCACAGUUUCCUCUUUCAGUUGCUUCUCCAUGAGUUGCUCAAUCUGUCCGAGGAACUUCCGGACGGCCUUAUUAAACAACGCCAGAAGCUGGUUGGACGGC